CAGGGGAGGUCACAUGGUAUCCAGCAUCACAUGACUAAACCUCCGUGAGCAAAACAGUUUGUAGAUGACAACAAACUCUGCCCUCCCCUCGUGAGAGAAAAGUUGGAGCAGCUCAGCGGUCCCUCAGUUGUUUGCGGAUACCAGAAAGAAAUGGCUUACUGUCCUGGCAACCUGACCAUUGUUUGAAUGUUAGUAAAAAGGAAGAUAGGACAAGAACUGGAUGGAAAAAUUACCAAUAGAGAAGAAAUAAUUACCAUGUGGUUCCAGGGCUACAUGAAACAUCUGCUUCAUUGUAGAUGUUGUCCGUGUCCUGCAGUUCAUUUUGACUUUAAUUUUACUCCUGAACUCCCCUGCCCAUCCACAAGAGGGCGACCAGCAAUCCAGCUACAAUGUAUACAUUCCUACCAGAGAAUAUCACACCAGUGAGGCAAAAGGCAAAUAAAGUACAGAAGUCUAUUAUUGGUGCCAUCAUCCUGGGCCUGAUAUUGGUUAACACUGCUGCGGUCUCUUGGUAUUACUACUCUGUCUCCUUCCGCAAAGCAGAGCGUUUAAAGAUCGAGCUGUUGGAUCUAAGAAAAGAUGGCUUCAUUAUACGCAACCGACAAGGCAGACAGGUUUUCCGGCUCGCUUUUGAGUCUGGGGUUUUGGAUUUGGAGUCUUGUUCAAAGUAUAGGGACAUUUUAAACUGCACCAGAUCAGAUAAAGGGAAACUGAACUUCUUCAUCCAGAAAGUCAAUCCCAAAGAUACCGUCAUGUGCUACCGAGUCAGAUGGGAAGAAUUUGUGGCAGACACAGAGGUGCAGCAUACAAUGUAUUUGGAUGAUGCUUAUUGGUAUGGAGGAGCAGAAAUGAGCACCCAACACUGGCCUAUUAAACUCUUUGGUUAUCAAGAGCCCAAACCUUUUGUGACUAGUGACGUUUAUUCUUUCAGAGACCGCUUUGGGGGAAUACUUGAACGUUACUGGCUCUCGUCAAAUGCAGCAAUUAAAAUAAAUGACUCUGUCCCUUUUCACCUUGGCUGGAACAGCACAGAGAAAUCUCUUUUCUUUGAAGCAAGAUAUAAAGAGUCUCCCUACAAAGCUCUACCUGGUCACCAACCUUUCCCAGAACUUAGCUACAGAGUUUGCGUGGGCUCUGACAUCACCUCAAUCCAUAAGUACAUGGUGAGUAGGUAUUUUAACAAACCCACAAAGAUACCUUCAGAGAGCAGCUUUAAAUACCCCAUAUGGUCUACUUGGGCCUUAUAUAAAACUGAUAUUGACCAGGAUAAGUUGCUGCGCUUUGCAGAAAAGAUUAAGAAAAACAAAUUUAACUACAGCCACAUAGAAAUAGAUGAUAUGUACUCAGAAACGUAUGGGGACUUUGAUUUUGAUCCUGUCAAGUUUCCAAAUGCAACGGAAAUGUUUGCAAAGAUGAAGGAAGACGGCUUUAAUGUGACUCUUUGGAUUCAUCCAUUUAUCCAUUCCAACUCUUCCAAUUUUGGAGUGGGCAUAGAAAGGGAACUAUUUGUUAAAGAACCAAACAGUCAGCUUCCAGCGAUGGUCCAGUUGUGGAACGGCAUCGGGGCUAUACUUGAUUUUACCAACCCCAAUGCAAGAGACUGGUUUCAGAACAACCUUAAAAGGCUCAGGACUAAAUAUGGAAUUUCCUCUUUUAAGUUUGAUGCUGGGGAGACCAGUUAUCUACCUGAACAGUUUAGCACCUAUCAACCUCUGUCUGAUCCGAGCAUGUUUAGUCGAAGGUACACCGAAAUGGCCAUUCCCUUUUAUGACCGUGCCGAGUUGAGGGUUGGCUACCAGUCACAGAAUAUAUCUUGCUUUUUUAGAAUUAUUGAUCGUGAUUCUGUUUGGGGAUAUGAAUUGGGGCUAAAGUCCCUCAUACCUACAGUUCUCACCAUAAGUAUGCUGGGAUACCCUUUUAUCCUGCCUGAUAUGAUUGGAGGGAACAUCUACACCAAUGGUACGCUGAAUCCUGAUAGGAUUCCUGACCGGGAGCUGUACAUCAGGUGGUUGGAGCUCUCUGCUUUUAUGCCAUCCAUGAAGUUUUCUGUGCCCCCUUGGCUUUAUGACCAAGAGGUGAUUGAAAUUGCUCAGAAGUUCACCCAGAUACAUGCUACACUAGUAGCCCCCCUAUUACUGGAGCUAGCUGGAGAAGUUACUAACACAGGAGAUCCCAUCAUUAGACCCAUCUGGUGGAUCUCGCCCAACGAUGAAAACGCAUAUAAAAUAGAUUCUCAGUUCCUCAUAGGAGACACCUUGAUGGUGGCACCAGUCUUGGAUCCGGGGAAGGAGGAAAGGGAUGUCUACCUUCCAGAAGGCCAUUGGAGGAGUUACAAAGGGGAAUACUUCCAAUCAACUCCUGUCCUUCUAACAGACUACCCAGUGGAUUUAGAUGAAGUUGCUUAUUUCAUUUGGGCAUCAGAAGAAACAGUCAACACUAAGUAUUAAUCUCCUCCUUGUAGGUAAGAAGAUUAAUAACCUAGGAGAAACAUUGGGCAGUCCUAACUUAGUGUCUCUUCGAUCUCCUCCAACUUUCACAUCGCAUUCUGGGUGGGGUUUUAUUGUGGGUAAUUGGCAAAAUGGAAAAUGAAAUCUAAUUUAGGGCUUAGAGUACCUCUUUGCGGAUCUAAAUAUUGUUCUGUGAACUUCGUGUAAGCACAGUGCGAACUUAAAGGAACAGUUUAGUGUGAAAAUAAAAACUGUGUAAAUAGACAGGCUGUGCAAAAUAAAAAAAAA